AUGAAACAUUUCAUCACUGUGGCGCCUCAAACAAAGAUCCCCACGUUGCUGUCCUGUCGCUCCCAUUCUCCAGCCACCCUAUGGCUCUCUUCAUGCUCGUCCGUCGAUUAACUGCCGCCGCUCCAGAUGUGAUGUUCUCAUUCUUCGGCACUGCAAAAUCCAAUGGCCUUAUCUUCAAGAACAUUGACAAUGGCCUUCAGAAUCUAAAAGCUUAGGAUGUAGAUGAUGGGAUACCAGAAAACUACGUAUCCACAGGUAAAUGGGAGGAGGAAAUCGAGUUUUUCAUGGCCGCGACCCCGUCUAAUUUUAAGAAGGGUAUAGAGGUCGCAGUGGUAGAGAAAGGGAGGAAGAUAACAUGUUUGAUGAGUGAUGCUUUCUGGUGCUUUGCUGGGGACAUGGCAGAGGAGAUGGGGGUUCCUUGGUUGGCGUUCUAUAAUGCGGAGGCUUGUGCGCUCGCAACUUAUGUCUACACUGACCUGAUCUGCUCAACCACAGGAGUUGGUCCAAAUGCCAUCACCGGGCGAGAACAUGAAACUCUUGGUUUCAUUCCAGGAAUGUCAUCGGUACGUAUAAGAGAUGUGAUGAUAGAUGGAAUCAUCAUAGAGAACUUAGGGUCUACAUUCAUUAGCAUGGUACAUCGGAUGGCCCAAAUGUUGCCGCGUGCAACUGCUGUUUUGAUCAAUACGUACGAGGAACUGAACCCUACGAUCAUCAAAGAACUCAAAUCGAAUUUCCAAAAAUGCCUUUCACUUGCACCCUUCACACUUGACUACCCACCACCGUCCGAUUCGGAUACUACUGGUUGCCUUACUUGGCUGGACAAGCAGAAACCUUCGUCUGUAGGAUAUAUUAGCUUUGGCACAGUAGGGACAUUGCCAGCAUAUGAGUUGGAAGCAUUAGCAGAAGGAUUAGAAGGUAGUGGAACACCCUUUCUGUGGUCUCUCAAAGAUAAGCUGAAGGAACAAUUACCGGUUAGUUUCCUAAACAGGACAAGGGAGUGGGGACUCAUAGUCCCAUGGGCUCCUCAGUUUCGUGUCCUACAACACACAGCGGUAGGUGUGUUCAUGACACAUUGUGGAUGGAAUUCAGUAUUAGAGAGUAUCUUGGGUGGGGUUCCUGUGAUCGGCCGUCCGAUUUUCGGAGACCAACCCUUGAACUUACGGUUUAUUUCGGACGUAUGGGGGGGUUUUGGAAUUAGAAUUGAUAAUGGGGUCUUUACCAAAGAUGGAGUAAUUAAAGGACUAGAAUUGAUUUUGUUCAAUGAGGAAGGAAAGAAAAUGAUGGAGAAGGUUCAAGCCUUUAGAAAGCUUGCAGAAAAGGCAAUUGAAAGUGACGGUAGCUCCACUAUGAGUUUCAAGGCACUGACCUUACAAAUAGUCUCUUCUACCAAACCGCCAUCCUAUAUGGAUGACGAUCACCUUUGA